AUGCGCGCGAACGAGGACAAGAUCGCGCAGCUGCUGGACAAGACCACGGACUUCGACAAGGAUGAGCGCUACAUGGCUACAUCGGAUCUCUGCGUCGAGCUCAACAAGGAUGUGGAGCUGGGCGCGUACCUCGAGCCCAAAGUGUGCGCGGCGGUGCUGAAGCAGCUGGACGACAAGUCAAACGACGUGCAAUCUAUCGCCGUCAAGUGCCUGGGCAUUCUCGUGACCAAAGUGCAGGUGACGCAGGUGGCGGACAUCUGCGCUAAGCUCUGCGACCUCAUCCUCAACGGCAAGCCGGAGCUGCGGGACAUCUACUCGAUCGGCCUCAAGACCAUCGUGGCCGACGUGUCACAGCCUACAGGUUCAUCCAUCGCCACUGGCGUCUGCACGCGGCUGCUGACGGGUCUGGGCAAGGACAAGGACGCCGCGGUGAAGGCUGAGACGCUCGACAUCCUCACGGACCUACUGCGUCGCUUCGGUUACGACGUCGCCACUGAGCACGCGACCAUCAUGGAGCUGCUGAUGGUGCAGCUCACGGACGAGUCGCCGCUCGUGCGCAAGCGCGCCACAGCUUGCGUCGGGUCGCUCGGCGUCAUGGCGUCGGAUGUGCUGGUGAGCCGCCUGGUGGAGCACCUGAUCAAGGGCAUCCAGGGAUCCACCGACUCCGCCAAUGUGCGCACGCUGAUCCAGACCAUCGGCAUGCUCUCGCGCACUGCCGGCCACCGCCUUGGACAGCACCUGGACGCUGUGAUCCGCAUCUUGGUGCAGUUUUGUGGCGACCCGGAGGACGAGUCACUGCAAAACGAAGACUCAGACGAGCUGCGUGGCAACUGCUUCCAGGCGUUUGAAGCGUUUGUGAUCCGCUGUCACAAUGAGAUCACGCCCCACGUGGAAGCUAUUCUGAAGCUGGUGAUGCAGUUCAUCUCGUACGAUCCGAACUACAACUACGUUGACUCUGCCGACGAGGAUGAGGACAUGGAAGAAGAAGAGGAGGAGUACAGCGAUGACGAAGGCGACUACAGUGAUGACGAUGACACCAGCUGGAAGCUCUACAUUCACUGUGCCCAGCCUCUGAUCUCGCGCUUUAAAGAGCGAGAAGAGAACGUUCGAAUCGACGUGUUUGGGGUGUUUGCGGAACUUCUCCGCGCUACCCGCAAGACCCUUCCGAGCUCAAACGGAACCGGUUCCUUCCAUCCACCCACGUCGAACUGGUGCAUUGUUCCGCUGGAGCAGCGCCUAAACGCGAUCGUAGUGGGGGCCAACAAGCAGUUCGGAACGAAGGUCUCAGUCCCGUCGCGCUGUGCUGUGGUCGCGAUGCUAAGCGAGCUCGCAAUGGUGGAGCAUGGAAAGCUUGGGGACUAUAUCGGACGUUUGAUGCCGAAUGUUCUCAAUGCUGUGGAGGACAAGCACUCGGACCUGAAGCUGGACGCACUGUUGUUCCUUCGAUUGCUCAUUGAUACACACACAGUGGAGCCGUUUCGACCUCACGUUGAGUCAAUUGUGAAGGUUGCCGUGCAGUGCGCGAAGGGAGACUGGUACAAGACAGUUGCUAAGGCAUUGGGCUUGAUCGAAUCUCUUGUCCGUAUUAUCCGCUCUGACGAUGGGGACUUGACGUACAAGCCGUAUGCAGUGCCGUUUUUCGAAGCCGUGCUACCUAGUUUGAAGGUUCAUGAUAUUGAUCAAGAGAUCAAGGAGGCAGCUAUUAGCAGCAUUGGGGAAAUCGCUGCUGUGCUUGGUGACGAGCUUGGACCUCGUGUGGGAGAAGUUUACCCACUGCUCAUGGAGCGUCUGAACAACGAAAUUACUCGCGUCCAGAGUAUUAAAGCCAUCGGAGUCAUUGCCCGCUCGAAGCUUAACCUGGACAUGUCGCCGAUUCUCGUGGAGUGCACCCAGACUCUAGCCCAGCUACUGCGGCAGCAGUCUCGCACGUUGAAGCAGGCAACCCUGGCAACCCUAAAUGACUUGGUUGUUCACAAGGGCGCUAACAUGCCCGAGACUCUGCACUGUGAAGUGAUGCUGGAAGCCUCACUGCUUCUUGUAGACGCGGAUCUUCAGCUAUGCCGCAUGAGCAUCACGCUGGUGUCGAACUCGCUUCGUGUGUGCCCUCAUGUUGCCGCGACGGAUGCCCUCCUGCAAAACGCUCAAGUGAAGACUCUUGAAUUAUGCCAUAGCUCCAUGCUUCAGGGUCCCACGCUGGACGCCCUGAAGGGCCUCUUCGCGCAGCUGACGCAGCUGAACUCUCCGGGCAGUCGCUUCACUGACCUGUUCAAGGCGCUGAUGACGACGCCUUCUGAGGAAUCGAAGCACUCGGUGAUGAACAUUGCUCGGUGCGUCGCUGGUACGUGUGUGGCGACGACCGAAGGCAAUCGCAAGGUUGCGUUCGCGAAGUUUGUUGGCGAUAUCACCCAAACGGAGUCCGAAAAGAACCGGGUACUGGCGCUUUACAGUUUGGGUGAGUUUGGCCGCAAGAUUAAGCUUGCUGGGUAUCCUGACGUGAAGGAAAUCAUUCUGAACUGCUUUAGCAAUGCGGGCGAAGAAGUGAAGGCCGCUGCCGCGUAUUCUCUCGGCAGCAUUUGCGUUGGGAACAUGGAAGAGUACCUGGAUACCAUCAUGGUAAAGUUGGAGCAAGGAGAAAACUCUUAUCUUCUACUGACAUCGUUGCGCGAAGUUAUUUCGGACCACGCAGCGAAGCCCCACCACGGCUUUGCGAUGUACGUGGACCGUGUGCUUCCAGUUCUGCAGAAGAUGAGCUCACGCCAGGAGGAAGGUGUCCGCAACAUGGUUGGCGAAUGCAUGGGAAAACUUGCUGUGACGGACAGUGCCAAAAUCAUGCCCAUUGUGACGGAACUGUGUGGGUCUGUAGACGUGUGGUCGCGCUGGACCGCUGUCACAAGCCUCAAGUACGCCAUGACGACGACGGCCCAGGAGCCAGCUGUCAACGCAAUUUUCGCCCACAUCGACCCCUUCUUGACUGCUCUGGAAGACGAAGACCUGCACGUUCGUCGGGCUGCCCUGCUGGUCCUCAAUACGGCGGCUCACCACCACGCCCACUAUUUGGUGCCGUAUGUUCGUGAGCGUAUCUUCCCCGUACUCCUGAAAGCGACCGAGAUUAAGUUGGAGCGCGUGGUGGACCUAGGUCCGUUCAAGCACAAGGUGGACGAUGGCCUCCCUCUUCGUAAGGCUGCGUACUCGUGCGUGGACACCCUGAUUCAGGUGCUGCCUCAGCAAUUGGACAUCACCUUGUUCUUCGACCAGCUCAAGCGAGGCUUGGGAGACCAGGACGACAUCCAAAUGCUCAGCCACCAGAUCUUGAUUAAGAUUUGCUACGUUCAGCCUGGCAGUAUCGUGGGUGCGUUGGAUUCGUUGAUAGACCCGCUGGAGAAGACGAUCAACAAGAAGGUGAAGGAGGACCAAGUUGGCCCUGAAGUGGAGCGCGUGAAGGAUCUCAUUCGCAGCGCGUUGCGUGCACUCGACGCCAUCAGCGCUGUGCGCGACGCGGACUCCCACCCGAGACUGAACUCUGUCGUGGAAAACGCAAAGAAGAACAAAAUGCUGGGCCCGCUGCUGGAAACCAUUCGCAGUGAGCGCACGAGUAACUGA